AUGACUUUUCCUGUUAUACCCUUUGGAAGGGAAUUUAAAGCCAAGUAUUUUUCAAAUUUGGAUCCACACGUGAUCAAUGUAAAUCAUGGAGCAAUGGGUGCAACUCCAGAUUGUAUCUUAGAUGAAUACUGUAAACUGUACAAGUCAAGUCAAACUUUUUUUGAUAAAUAUCUUAGAUAUGAACAAAGAUAUGAAUAUAUGACCCAACUUAAAGAGAUCUCGACUAAGGAAUUGUUGAAUUGUGAUUUCAAAAAUUUGGCAAUUGUUGAUAGUGCCACCGCUGGGGUUAAUACUGUUUUAAGAUCUUUCCCAUUUAAACUGGGCGAUAAGAUCGUUUUUUCUACAACUACCUAUGGUGCUUGUAAAAAACUCAUUCAAUUCUUGGAACGUCGUAUACAAAUCCAACCUAUUGUAGUAGACAUAAAGUACCCAGCUAGUGAAGAAGAAGUUGUUGCUGCUUAUGAAACAAAAUUCCAAGAACCAGGUAUUAGAAUGUGUCUUAUGGACGCUGUAACAUCUGUUCCUGGUGCAAGAAUACCCUUUGAAGAAAUUACAAAGUUAUGUCGCAAGUACAAGAUCUUAUCUCUUAUUGAUGCAGCCCAUGGAAUUGGUCUUCUUAAAAUUUCAUUGCUAGACUUGAAGCCCGAUUUCUUUGUUACCAAUCUUCAUAAAUGGUUUUAUGUCCCCAAGAGUUGUAGUGUACUCUAUGUGAAUCCAGAGUACCAUAGAGUGAUCCAGCCAUUGACCAUUUCCCAUCAAUAUAGCGAUGAAGAUGUAAGUUUAUCAACCAAUGAAUUGGAACAAAUGAGAUUUUUCGAUGCCUUUCAAUUUACUGCUUCUCGCAACAAGGCAAGUAUUGCCUGUAUAACUCUGGCCAAGAAGUUUAGAAACGAAACUUGUGGUGGUGAAGAAACUAUUGCCAAAUAUUGUUAUGAAUUGGCAUGGGAAGCUGCAAACCAUGUAACCACUAAGGUUUGGAAAGGUUCUAGCAUUUUGAAUACUAAGGAAACUGCAACUGCUUUGAUCAAUGUGGAAGUUCCAGUGCAAGACUUAAUUCCAGAAGUUGAUAUUAAUGAAAUAGCUCCAUGGUUACCACAGGUAGAACAUGAAAUUUGUAUUGACUAUAAUACCUUUGUUCCUUGCUUUUUUUACGAAGGGAAAGUGUACAUCCGAUUUUCAUGUCAAAUCUAUAACGAGUUGGACGAUUAUAUAUAUGCAGCCAAUGCAGUUUCUGAGACAUUCAAAAAGUUUUUCGCUAAUAUUGACAAAUUCAAAGCAACACCUCUAUGUGGUUCAGCCUUUUUAACUGUUGAAGCUUUUGACAAGAUUAGUUAA